AUGGACGUCGAAAAGACAAUCAGAGGCAUCAAGCCCCUUGAUGGGCAAGUGGUGCCUAUUCGAACAGUCCAAGAGACGAGGCCACAAGAAGAAUUCGCCGAUGCCUUUGUCGCAGAAGUCAAUGUGAAAUCUGCAUCCAAGGUGAUAAAGGCUAUCGACACGGCUUUCCCCAGAGAUCCUUCCCUUCCGCUAUCCCACCUCCGUCGCUUCGCCAAAAGAGAAUUACUCCCACCGCCGCUGAGGGCAGCGAUUGAAAGUCAGAGCGCUCCUCUAGUGACCCCGACACAAACCAUCUUCGUCCUCAUAUCACCACCAUUGCCCGAUCUCACCACGCUCAAGACCCUGCUCGCUCCGUUUGCGCCAGACACAGCGCCGGCCGCUACAAACGAUCCUCCAACGACAAAUGAAACGCCAGAGGAAGCUUCACCCUCCGCCGAGAAAUGGACCAAGACCCUCUGGCCAGUCAUAUUCAACCCAGCAGCACCCCGCUCAAAUGUCGCCCCGCCCCCUCAGACCAUAAAGCACGCACAGGAAUCUAUUGAACCACGAGCAGGGUACUACUUAUCCCUCGCGCGCAAAGUAGCAGAGGAAGCAAAACAAUCUGGGCUAGGCCGUGGCGUAGGUGCAGUGAUAGUCGACCCUGCCAUCGAAGAAGAGAUAACCGAGGCAGGCUAUGAGGGUGGAUACGACACUACAUCAGAAUGGCACGAAGCAGUCCUCGCAGUUGCCGGUGAUGCGCGGUACUCUCGAUCCGAGGCGGGCGCGCCAUCCCAGGCCCAGCUGCACACCGGAGUAGCGCCGAACCCAGCGAGCAAGACAUACAACGCAGAUAUCGAGGGCGGGCCUGAACUGCACGCGUUAAUGCGUGCCGUCGAGCUGAUUGCUCGUUGGCGCCGAGAACACGAUCGUUCUGCCGGCGUGUCUGCAUCGACAGCUACUGCAGAUCCAUCGAAGCCAGAAAUAAAACAGCCAGAACUGAGCGCCUUCGAAUCAUACUUCUUAUACCGCCAUCGUCCUGGUGCAUCCCCCGACUCCUCAAACCAUCCUCAAUCGCCGUCCUCCCCAUUGAAGAGGAAGCACGAAGUCCCUAAUCCUGAAUCCGACUUGACUAUCGACCCCUCUACAGUCUCCCCGCAAUCCCAGCUCCAACACCCACCUCUCCCCGCUCCUCCCCCGUCUACCGUGGUACUGGCGGAUUCUUCGACUACAGCCACAACGCCCGCAGCUCCGCGGAUUCGCACCCGCUCACAGGGUGGCUACCUCUGCACAGACUUGGAUGUCUACCUUUCCCAUGAGCCGUGUCUAUGCUGCUCUAUGGGCAUGCUUCUCUCCCGGUUCCGGUCUGUCAUCUUCCCUAGAAAUGGGAGGUUAGAGAGUGGCGGCCUGUCUUCUGAGCCGGCCGUUGGCCCUGUGGCCGAUGAGCAUGAUCAAGGUGCAGAGGCUGCUUUUUCUGCGGUUGAUGGACAGGAAGAGAGGGGAUACUAUGGACUACAUUGGAGGAAGGAGUUGAAUUGGAGGGCUCUUGGAUUUGAGUUUGUGGAGGAUGGGGAAGUGGAAGUGGAAGUGAAGAGCGAGGCUGGAAUGCCUGUCUUCCAUGCUUGA